AUGAGCGCGGAUCUGGACCGCGCGUCUCUCAACUCGUGCGCUUCCUCCUCCGCCUCUUUGGGCUCCGCUACGGGGGCGCCGCCGGCCCUUGGGGGGCAGCCGGCCGGGGCAGGGAUCCGGCUGCUGUCGGCCAACGUGCGGAAGCUCCACGGGGCGCUCAACCUGCUGCUGAGCGAAGCCGAGCGGGAGCAGUUCAUCCACUGCCUGAACGUCUACCACUGCCGGAGGAACGUCUUCGACCUGGUGCAGACCCUCAAGGUCCUCCUGGACGGCCCGGAGAAGAGGCAGCUGCUGCCCAUGCUGCGCUUGGUCAUCCCCCGCUCCGACCAGCUCCUCUUCGACCAAUACACCUCCGAGGGGCUCUACCUAAAGGCCGACUUCGUGCCCGGGAACGCCAACGGGGGGGAGGUCAGGCAGGUGACCCUCAAGAGGAACAAAGCCCAGGAGGGCUUGGGCUUCAGCAUCCGAGGCGGCUCCGAGCACGGCGUGGGCAUCUACGUCUCCCUGGUGGAGCCUGGGUCCCUGGCCGAGAAGGAGGGCCUCCGAGUCGGCGACCAGAUCUUGAAAGUCAACGACAAAGCCCUGGACAAGGUGACGCACGCCGAGGCUGUCAAGGCUCUGAAAGGGUCCAAGAAGCUGAAUCUUUCUGUCCUCUCGGUCGGACGCAUCCCUGGGGGUUACGUCACCAAUCACAUCUACACUUGGGUGGAUCCCCAGGGCCGAAGCGUUUCCCCACCCACUGGCCUGCCUCAGCACCAGAGCAGUUCCCUGCGCAAGGAAGGCGAGAAGAGGAGCCAUCUCCAACUUCUGCAAGAAGGGGACGAGAAGAAGGUGAACUUGGUGCUGAACGAAGGGCGGUCUCUGGGCCUCAUGAUCCGCGGAGGAGCCGAAUAUGCCCUUGGAAUUUACAUCACAGGCGUGGACAAAGGCUCCGAAGCAGAAAGCACUGGCUUGAAGGUUGGGGAUCAGAUUCUGGAGGUGAAUGGCAGAAGUUUCCUGAGUAUCCCACACGACGAAGCGGUGAAACUCCUCAAGUCCUCGCGCCACCUCAUCAUGACUGUCAAAGACAUUGGGCGGUUGCCUCAUGCUCGGACCACAGUAGAUGAGACCAAAUGGAUUGCCAGUUCUCAGAUUGGAGAGACCGUGGUCAACCCAGCAGGUUCAGGGCCUCAGGCCAUUGGAGACCACAUAGCAGAGGUGACCACCAAGCCCUCUUUUUACAGGGGUCUGGCAGGAUCCCAGGUAACCCUGAGCAGCCUCAUGAACCAAAGUCGAGUCAUGUUGGAAGAGCAUGCACGCCAUCUCCUGAAUGAGCCAGAGAGAGCCACGAUGGGCUACUACCUGGAUGAGUACAAGGAGGACAACAUCUCGGUGGAUGCCCUUGUCAUGGCCCUCUUUGAACUGCUCAACACUCAUGCCAAGUUCUCACUGUUGUCCGAGGUUAGGGGGGUAAUAUCUCCUCAGGACCUCGACCGUUUCGACAACUUGGUCCUGAAGAGAGAGAUUGAAUUCAUGAAAGCUCGGCAGCCCUCCGGGACAGGGACUGGCACAGACUCCUACUCCAUCAUGUCUUACAGCGACACCGUCUCUUCUACCGGGAGUCACUUCACCUCCACUACAGUCAGCUCGGCUCGGAAUACAUCCGACUUGGAAGGGAGUGGAAACGGAUGCCAGAGCAGCAUCAAUGCUCUACCGGAUAUCUCCCUGGAUGAGGUCUCAUCUUUCUCUGAGGAACCUCCGGCUUUCAAGCCUCCGCCACCCAGUCCUUCUUCUCAAACAGCGGACUCCUCCACUUCCCAGAACAGAAACCCAGCAAAAGAUACCCUCAAGAGGCCUUCCUCGGAAUCUUCCCAGUCAGGCUUGUUCUUCAUGGCUCCGCGGGUCCCCACGCCGUCUCCCAGCCUCUCAGAGAAGGACACCAGCAGCAUUGCCUCUACAGCCACUUCCUCCACGGAGGAUUCUGCCUCCAGCACCAUCUAUGCAUCCAUCUCCAGAAGGCCUAUGGAUGCUCACUUGUCAUUGGUCAACCAACACCCAAUAGGACCUUUCCCCAGGGUCCAAUCACCGACCAGGUUGAAGACUCCUUCCCCUGAGGCUACUCCGGCCAGCAGUCUCCCAAGCCCCAAAGCAUUGUCCCCUUCUCCUCCUCCUCCACCAUCCCACCCGGCUCCUCCUCCCCCCAGUGAAAAGGGUGGCCCAGAGUCCAGCACCACGCAGCAUUUCAUCAUGGUGGAAGUCCAUCGGCCCAACAGUGAGCCAGAUGUCAACGAAGUGAGGUCUUUGCCCCAAGCUAGAGUUUCCACGCUUUCCCAGCUCUCCGACAGCGGGCAGACUCUUAGUGAAGACAGCGGCGUGGACAUCGGGGAUGCAGAGCUAAGCACCAAAGACAGGAGCCGGCUGCAGGGUCCUAUCAAGAGCAGAAGUCCCCAGGAAGCAUUGAGGAGUGAUGGGCAGGCUGAAACAGGCCCCAAACCACCAGGCCUCUUGGAGCCAACGUCCCAUCUGAUCCGGGUGACAAAGAGCGCACCGACUCUUGGAAUCGCCAUUGAGGGGGGAGCCAACACUCGGCAGCCCCUGCCUCGAAUAGUGACCAUACAGCGAGGAGGUUCUGCCCACAACUGCGGGAAGCUGAAGGUGGGCCACGUGAUCCUGGAAGUAAAUGGCAUGGCCCUACGGGGGAAAGAGCACCGUGAAGCGGCCCGCAUCAUCGCAGAGGCCUUUAAGACGAAGGAGAAAGACUAUGUUGAUUUCCUGGUCACUGAAUUUAACAUUGCACUUUAG